AUGCCGGCCUCAUCUCCACGAAAUCCUGUUUCCGAAGUCGAUCCUGAGGAGCUUGGGAAGGUGCGACGAAAGUACGCUGAGGAAGCCAACAAACGUUUGAGAUCUGAGGGCGCUGCCCAGUUCUUGCCUCUCAAUGAGUCCAGCGACGACCGACUGCGGGCUCUCCUUGAUGAUCCGUGGGCCGAUCACGCAGCACUCAACGCCAGACCAUCACCGAUUCGCAACAACGAUAAGGUCCGGUUCUUCAUUCUAGGUGCUGGUUUCGGGGGACUUGUUUAUGCGGUGCGUUUGAUCGAGUCUGGCGUUGCGACAGCAGACGAGAUUCGCAUUGUGGAUGCAGCUGGCGGCUUUGGUGGCACCUGGUACUGGCACCGAUACCCCGGACUACACUGCGACCUGGAGAGCUACUGCUACCUGCCGCUACUAGAGGGGACAGGUUACGUACCAAGUCAAAAGUACGCUCCUGCUGCUGAGAUUCGGAGGUAUGCAGAACAAAUUGCGAAACACUGGAAACUUGAAGAUAAGACACUGUUUCGUUCCGACGUCGAGCGAGUGGUGUGGGAUGACAUUCAAGAGCUUUGGAAAAUCUCUUUUAUCGAGAGGCGUGGCCCUGGUACACAUCCGAUCAAGUACCAGGUCAAGUCCCAGUACGUCUAUCUUGCUGCUGGAGUCCUCGCCAAACCGCAGGUACCCAAAAUUCCUGGUCUUCUGUCCUACAACGGCGAUAUCUUCCAUACCUCUCGCUUCGACUAUAGAGUCACUGGUGGUUCGCAGGAUGAUCAGACACUGAGCAACUUACGUGAUAAGAGAGUGGCCAUUGUUGGUACAGCCGCGACAGCGGUAGGUGCGAUUCCCACGUUAGCCAGAUACGCAAAAGAACUUUACGUUGUGCAGCGGACGCCGGCAUACGUCAAGCCACGUAAUCAGCAGACCACCGAUAUCGAAGAGUUCAAACGUACUGUUGGGGGUAAGAAGGGAUGGCAGUUUGAGAGGCAGAUCAAUUUGAACAGACACAUGACGAAUGCUGUUCUUCCAGGCCAAAAGAACCUGGUGAACGACGGUUGGACAGACAUGCCGGCAUACUCUGCAGUAAUGGGAUCACCUGUGCACGGUGUUGUCAACCCUACAGUUGAAGAAGAGGAGCGACGGGCAACAUGGUUCCACGCUCUGGAUCUACCCCACAUGGAGGCUGUGCGGCAUCGUGUGGAUGACAUUGUUAAAGAUUCUCAGACAGCAGAAAAGUUGAAGCCUUGGUAUCCUUCCUGGUGCAAACGCCCCACAUUCAGCGAUGAGUAUCUACAAGCAUUCAACAAGCCAAACGUACACCUAGUAGACACAGAUGGACAAGGUCCGUCUCACGCCACGGAACGAGGCCUUGUCGUCGCUGGCCAGGAAUACCGGGUUGACGUCAUAAUCUUCAGUACAGGCUACUCCGUCGCGGGUGAGCGCAACGGCGGAAGCCCAGCUGGCCGGGUGGGUAUUGAAGUGCUUGGACGACAAGGGCUGUCUUUAGACGAGAAAUGGCGUAAGAAAGGCGCUGCCACACUGCACGGCUACACGACCAACGGCUUCCCCAACUUGUUCUUCUCCGGUACAUCACAAGGGACCAUUACUGGAAAUAAUGUUUUCAUGUUGGGUCUCAUUGCUCGUCAUGUGGUUUUCUGGAUCACAGAGGCCGAGAAGCGCGUUGGUAAAGGGAAACGCGCCAUUAUCGAGGUGACCAGGGAGGCCGAAGAGCAGCACAGUGCAGAAAUUGUCAAAAGAGCACCGUUCUUUUCGUCUCUCGCUGGGUGCACACCUGGCUAUUUUAACGGUCAUGGGCAGGCAAGCUCAGAGAAUUUGGAGGAGAAAGCAAAACAAGCUAGGGGCGUAGUGUGGGCGGAGGGAACUGUUUCAUUCUUGGAACAUAUUGGCAAGUGGCGAGAUGAAGGAAAUCUAAAAGGAUUGAAGAUUACAGCAAGACCCACAGUGAGCGCUCAGAUACUAUCGAAGUUAUAA